CCUGAACCCCUGGAGUCUUGUGCUCUGCCACCCUGGGCUUGGCUUCCAUUUGGCUGACCUUACCUUGGGCUGGGUUCGCCCGCCCCAGGCUUUCUCUGCCCGCCGUGGUUUGCUCUUUAAGUUAGCCCGCCCUCUCCCACCCCCCCCUGCUUGGGCUGUUUCAGCGACCCAAUCUUAUGGAGGUCAAGGAACUCACUCCCAUCUGUUCUGCUUCUCUCUUGACUAAACUAAGCUGACAUCCUUUUACUACAAACGCUUGGGCUCUUCUUCUUUUCCUUUCAUCUCAUUUCUCUCUUCUCAACAACAACAAUAUCCAUUAUUUCCCUGGUCAGGCCGUUUUCAGCCACCAAUUAACUCGACAACAAAUCCCUCGUAAUCGCGACUCCGUCUCUCGCUUCUCUUCCGCUUUUCCUCAUCGCGCGACUCCUUUUUUGGUCCAAUUUUCGUAUAACCUUAUUCGACUACUGUACUGUACUUACUCACCUCGGUACCCGUGGCCAUCCGCGUGAGCAAAGCACCCUGUACCUUAAUAUAGACACGACCGCCCCGACCGAACCACCGCGUCUCAGUAUCUGUCGCUGUCCAAUUUUCUUCCAUCAACAACGGCAACUCUUCAUCAUCGCCCGUCGAGCGAUAUCGACGAGUAUUUUCAUCACUUCGACUGUUUCCCCGUGACUCCCGGUCGGAGUCUUUCCAUGUACACCGUGGCUACCCGGCUAGAAUCUCGCAAAUCGCUCCUUGGAGCUGACACCGGCUUCGGAUACGGAGGCCAUUCAUACAACAACUCCUACGGAGACGACAGUUACGCUCCUUCUCCAGUUCCAUCUCCACAGCCUAUUCCUCAGCCUGCCGCCUUCGCCCAGCCCAACUUCGCCGACGCUGGAGUUGAUCCCGCAUACAACCAGGGUUUCGCCUAUAGAGAAGGCCUCACCCCUUCGGUUCCGGCGCAAAGUAUGAAGAAUGGCAAGAUCGAUUUUAUGAAGAGCCGAUGGCCUGCCUCUUUCAUGGCUGUCUCUCUUCUCCAGGCUAUUCUGUGUAUUUGCUUUGAGGCCUAUGUUUUCGGCAAGUUCCAGGUCAACCUUGGCACCCAUAUCAGCGCUCCCCAGGUUCAAUCUCAGUACAAAACUAUCCCGACUUUCUUGACGCUUUUCAUUUUUGGUUUCCUUUACACCCUCGUCGUCGUCUGGGAUGCUCUCCGACAAAAGAACACCAUUCAAGUCAUUGGUGUCUGUUUCUCUAACCUGGCCCUUAUGGUUUACACGACCAUCCAGGUUGAUCAAAUUUCCGAGGCCUUCGAUAUUCUCGAGCAGAGCAAUGCUCUCAAGCGUGGCAUGACUGCUGCCGAGCUUUGGCACGAUGUGAAGCCUUAUCUGGUGGCUAUCCCUGCCAUCAUUGCCCUUGCUACCCUCGUUAUGGGCUUCCUUUCGUGGAAGAUUUACCAGGAGUAUGCUUGGGAUAUUCUCAAGAACAUUGGUGCCGAUUAUCGCAUGAAGAAGCGAUUCCUUCACUACCAGAUUUAUAUCGCUCUGCUCAAGUUCGAUUUCUUCUUCUUCCUCGGCUUCAUCGUUCAGUUCGUUGUCGUCGUUGCUGACAAGGAUGACCCUGAAUUCGCCCUAACUAUCGUCACCAUUCCCAUUACCAUUCUCAUCCUUCUCGCUGCCGCUUUCUUCACUCGACGAGAGAACAAGAUCGGUAUGGUUUGCAUCAUCAUCCUCUAUCUCGGAGGUCUCAGCUAUUUCAUCUUCAAGCUUGUACGAAUCUAUCAGCCUGGACACCGACAAAACUACGAAGCCGUUCGUCGAUCAUUGACCGCAUUUGCUGUCAUCACCAUUCUUCUCAUCCUUCUCACCAUUACCAACGCCAUCGUGUGCAUGCGAAACUUUGGCAAGGGCCUGAAGCCCCAUCUGCAGUCUUUGUCUCGAAAGCGCAAGGUCGAGGAGAAGCCUGACAUCAACUCAAUCAACAUGCAGGAUGUCAAGCCUCAAAUUCCCAGCCGAAUGACCAUUGAUUAAGCGGCCCCUUGCAAGUCAUGAUUCUUCGAAAACAAAUUUUUGGAGACAUGAAUGUACAAAGACACGAUUUUACGAAAGGAUACAAAAAUUUUCCCUUUUCUAUGGCACCAGUCACAAAGGGCAGGCUCAGGAUGGACGGUGACCAAACGGGUGCGGCGUGAACAGAAGGCGACGAAGUGAUAUCCCAUGGUGUCGGAAACUUGCUUGGACUUUUUUAUUCUAUUUACUUUGGUUGUUUUUUGUUUCCUAUGUUAGACCCAACCAUAUUAGGCGUUCAAUGCUCCACCACAUGGAAUGAGAUCCAGGAGCUGAUACAUAGUUCUUUUGUUACUUUUACUUUUACUUUGUCCCCUGAUCAAUUGGAUUGUAGGUUCUCAUGAUCAGAUAAUCCGAUAGGAAUUGAAUAGUGAAAUCAGGUAUAUGCAAAAUGGCCCGUGCUCGUGUGGUCUAUGAGACUGCUCAUAUGUGUAUCACGUCAUGAAACCAUCACGAUUCUG